AUUUCCAGAUUUUAGUUUGUUUGUAAAAGUUGAAUUGUUAUAAUCACAGUGGGCAUUGUGGCUCACAGUUGUAUCAUUGUGAGGAAACAAUGGUUUCUAUUCAUCAAUUGUUCGUUGUUUUUAUCGGAAUAUCUGUCACAGUGGUCACUAGAGGGAGCUCACCACCACAGCGAUGCCACCAAGUGUUGGAAUUUUAUCGACAACAAAAUUUUAACGAAACAUUGGAUGUAGAAGUGGUUAAUGGUAAAGUUUGUCGUGAGCCGUCUUGUUGUACGGGGAAGAUGGAACGCAACCUCCGUUUAAAGGUAGAAGAAGAUUUGAAAGCAGGGGUGUUGAGAGGGGGUGAACAGGUCGGGGGGGAACUUAAAGCAAAGCACGAUAACCUUGACAAGUUCUUCAUUGAGUUAAUCGACCAAUCAAAAUCGCAACUCGACAUUUUGUUCUACGAAACAUACGGAAGUCUUUACAUCGACAACUCGGAAAUAUUUUCGUUUUUUUUUAAAGAACUUGAAGAAUAUUAUCGUGGGGGACCAUUAAUGGUGGAAGAAAUCUCGGAAAACUUUUUCACCUCAUUGAUGUUGAAGGUGUUUCAACUUCUCAAUAAAUCUUACUUGCUUGACGACGAGUAUAUGGCGUGCAUCGGGGAGAAUGUGGGGAGGAUCCGACCGUUCACCGAUAUUCCCGAUCGUUUGUCCAUGCAGUUGCAACAAGCGUUUGUGGCAUCGAGGGCUUUCGUUCGUGGGUUGGAAACAGGAAGUGAUGUCAUAAAGAAACUAUCAAAGAUAUCUUUGAGUGAUGAAUGCUCUAGCUCCCUCAUGAGGAUGAAGUAUUGUGGUCGUUGUGGUGGCACGAUGGCGCCAGAGUGCGACGGGUUUUGUCUCAACGUAGUUCGAGGGUGUUUAUGUUCGUUGCAACAAGUUGGGGGGGUGUGGAAGAAGUAUAUAGACACGAUGGAUUCCCUGCUUGAAAAACUAUCAGGCUCGUUCAACAUAGAGAUCGUGUUGGGUUCAAUCGAUGUGCAAAUAUCGGAAGCCAUAAUGACGUUCCAGGAACAUAAAGUCGCCAUCACUAAAACGGUGUUCGGAAUUUGUGGGAAACCGAAAUCCAACCCCAACGCUACGUUACCUACCCUAACCAUGAGUUACCCCCAACCACACGGAGCAGAAGAGAGCUACCCCGUACAUUACCCAUCGUUAUACCCAGGAUACCAGGGCCCAUCAUCGUUCGAAGACCUCGCAGGAUACGGAGCCGACCCUGAUAAUUGGAUCGGGGAUUCCCCACUGUCGAGAAAGUCAAGGUCAACUAAAAAGAAUCGCAAGCGUCGAGGUCGCAAGAGGUCGCGUGAUAUUUCUAUGGACCAACGAGGGAUGUUGAGACCUUCGAGUAGAUACGUGGAGGACAAAAUGUUAAUGACACUAUGGGAUAACGAAUACCGUGAGGAGAGCGAGGGUGUUGACCACUCGAUGUCGCCAACAGCUGCUGGUACGAACCUGGCAACACUUGUGGGUGAAGUUCGCUCAACACUGAAAACUGCCCGGCAACACUGGGAGAACAUGGGGGGAAGUUUGUGCGGAAAUUUGAGAAGCGACGAUUGCUGGACGGGGAGUGAUCGUGGAAGUUACUCAAAGACAGUGGUUGACCCCACAGCGACCUGUAGUGACCCCAACCCUGAGCUGAGGUCACUUAAGGUCACACCAGAUCAUGUGACGAGGUCAGAGGUCACUGUUUUACGCAACUCGAUAAAUAUCCUCAAGGUGGCGCACAAGGGUGUGGAUGGAACAAUGGACGAUGAUACAGGUGUGAUGUCAUAAUGUGUGAUGUCAUUA